GCUUGUUAUGACUCUAGUUUUUACCCGAUUAAACUUUCAAAUAUCAUCGGAGUGAUUUGAUUUAACAUUUAUAUUAAAAAGGAACAUACACAAAUACAACCAUUAGGAUCUUCCUCUAAUAUUUACAAAUAUAAUUGAAAUGAGAUUCGUUAAUUGCAGUUCAUCAAAUCUAAUCAAUACUGGUAUUUGUUUCCACUAUAAUCCAUAUAGCGCAGCUAACGACGUCCCUAAAUAACCAUAGCAAAUAGUUUUCUAUAGCUUUAAAACUGGAAUAAUCACGUCGUAUUAUACUGGGUAUACUCUGUGUUAACUGGACAUACACACCUGAACCUAACGAAGGAGACGUAUAUUUUAUAAAGGUUAAUUAACUGCAUAACCAGUAAUUGUGUACAUAUAUACGAUGGAGAGUAACAAGGUAGGUCCGGAUGCUCGGCAAGUUAGUGACGACGGACCCGGAUGUUGUGGGUGUAUUUUGAUGGGACUAUCAUAUUUUAUUGUGGGCAUGUUUUUCCCAUUUUCUCUGGCUAUGUGCAUAAAGAUUGUUCAAGAGUAUGAAAGAGCUGUUAUAUUCCGGCUAGGUCGAGUCUUACCUGGAGGCGCAAAGGGGCCAGGGAUGUUCUUCAUUUUACCAUGUCUGGAUGAUUUUAAGAAAGUCGAUUUACGUACAGUUGCUAACGACGUCCCCCCUCAAGAGAUUUUAACUAAAGAUUCCGUGACUGUAGCAGUUGAUGCAGUAAUUUACAGCAGUAUAUAUGAUCCGACCAUGUCUGUAAUUAACGUUGAAAAUGCUGACGCCUCUACCAGGUUGCUAGCAGCAACGACCUUGAGGAAUGUCCUCGGUACAAAAAAUAUGUCAGAAAUUUUAAGUGACAGAGACAGUAUUGCACAUGAAAUGAAGUCUCUCUUAGACCAAGCUACUGAUCCAUGGGGUAUAAGAGUUGAACGUGUUGAAAUUAAAGAUGUCCGACUUCCAAUGCAACUACAAAGAGCAAUGGCGGCUGAAGCAGAAGCGUCAAGAGAAGCUCGGGCAAAGGUCAUAGCAGCAGAGGGUGAACAACAUGCAUCAAUUGCUUUGAAGGAAGCAGCCGACAUCAUGGCCUCCAGUCCAGCCGCUAUCCAACUUCGAUACCUGCAGACACUAAGCACGAUAGCAUCUGAAAAGAAUUCUACUAUUAUUUUCCCGCUUCCAAUCGACAUGCUUGCGGCGUUUGGAAAGAAAUGAAUUAAUAUCUAUCAAUAAGCAUAAUGACUAAGCUUUAGUGAGAAUUCCUCUGAGAUUCUGUAUCUUGUCAAUAAAUCCACCCUUUUCAUAUUUAAUCAUUGGUAAAUUGAUCACAAUAUAUCUAUGGAUAAUUAAAACUAUCUUUCCCAUCAAAUAUCAAAGAGCAAUACUUUUUUUCUUCAAAUAAGUGUGAUAUCUUUUUGAAGAAUCAUAUUGGAUUUUAAAAACAUUUUCUUUUUGUAUACAUGAAUUCAAUAACUUUUGUGAUCAUAGUCCGUUUGUUAUGGCCACAUGGAGAACGUAUCGAUUAUAUAAGUGUGGCGGUUUACUCAUGUUUCAUGUGUUUGGAGGACUUGGCGAUAACAGAGAAUGAUCAAUCUACAUGUACAUGUAUUGUGUAGAAAACCAACAUAAACAGGAUGGAACCUGAUGAAUCAUGCAUUGUUAACGCUGAAGGACGAAUAAGUAAAACACCUAAACGUGAUUGGUUUGUUCUGUUAUAAUGGCUGUGAUGUAAUGCAUAUGUGUAAUUUUUUACCUCUACUUUCAAAAUUGAGGUUCACCUUUAUCUUUUAGAGUUCGUUAAAUCCAUGACUUCUGAUUAUUUGCAUUUUUUGAUAUACAAAGUCAAAAGCAAUAACUCUCUCAUGGCAAAGAACUAUAUAAUCUGCCUAUUUUAGAACGAUAAUUGAAAAAUAAUGUUUUUGUAUUAUCCGAGAUCAAGAAGUUGAAAUAAAAAUGUCCUGUAG